CAUCAUUAGUCUCUGACCGUUGUUAGUGCGCGUCGUCGAGGACCCUCUUUCGUCACAGCCCACUGAAGACUCCUAAAGAAGAUUAUUUGGAUUCUUUAUGGUCAAUCUCCAUUCUGACGGUUUGUCCACCAUCCGUUAUUGUUCAGUAUUCUUUUUAUUUUUAUUGUCCGGCUGCCGACAUCUCGUUGUGAAAGCUCCUGUGAUCCACUAUCAAUCAUAAAUAUCGUCGUCUCUCCGCUCGUGCUAUCUCGCUUCCUCUCUCGUGGCCUGCGGGUUCAGGCAUCCAGUACUAGCUCCUUUUCUUUUUUUGCCCCUCAGCCUUAACUUUCUUUAGUUCAUUGACUACUUUCCUGGCCUGGUGCCCAAAGGGUUCUAUUUUUUCCAGACAGCAAAUUUCUACCCUAUUCUGUGGAUUUCAUGUAAAUUCUUUGUGUCUUCUACCGCUUUGUUUUCUUCGAAUCAAACGUUGCCCGCCUCCGCAUUUCUACGAUCGGUCUUGGUAUAUACCUCGCACCAUUGUCAGCAAGGCAUUGGAAUGAGCCCUACUGCACACUACCGGUCCAUGUCUCCGAGCGGCUCACGUAUGAUUGAUCCCAUGCGAGCCUCCACCGGAACGGUGCAGCUCAGCUCUUCCUACGACCCCUCCGCCAGUCGAUCCACAUACUCGGGCCACUCAUCCAGUCCUUAUGUGGUGACGGCGUACGACCCCCGAUAUUUUCGAGAAGGAGGUUUAGAAGCCCAGCAGGUCUCCUCUAAAACCUAUCGAGACGCUGGCCAUUCUACGAAGUUGCGGACGGAAUAUGCGAUCCGUCCAAGGCAACGGAGCAGCACCACGUCCGCUGCAGACACCCAUCUGGCCCCUGGCCGUCUUCAUGGGCCCAGAGCACCCCCCGUGGUAACAACAAGCCAUCGCCGUUCUCCUAGCCCUCUUACAAACCAAGAUCACCAUCUGAUGCCAUCCUCUUCGUCUCGACACCACCGGCGUCAUCCUCUCUCCAUCUCCCAUAUCGAUUAUGCCAGCGAUACAGGACGGUUGGACCCGAAUGAUCGACCGAUGAGGUCGCCAAUUUUCCACAGCGCCUACAGGGAGCAUGGUCACAAUAGGCGCUCGCGAUAUCCGCCGCCGGGUGGCCUUCGCAAAGGAGAGGACAUUGACGAUUACGAUGCUUACUCCUACACCAACCCUCGUGAGCAAUUUGAGAAAGACUCUGCCGCGCGGUUGCGUCACGACCGAGGCUCAUAUUGGGGAGAGAGACCCCAGAGCUUGACCGGAAUCGACGACCCCCAAUUGCUACCAAGGGUAGAGUCUCGUUCGCCAAGGCCUCCCCCAUCUACAAGAGGUUUUGACAGACUUGAGUGGGAUCCGCGAGUGCGGCGUUCGACCCAUGGCACUGCGGAUAGCGAUAUCGACAUCGCUAGUGCAUACCGGCGGUCCAGGCGACGGAAUCCAGUUUCGCUACACCAGGAGGCGGAUGAAGGAUAUUCCUCUUACAGGAGUGAUUACGACGAUGUUCAUCGACGUCGGCAUCAGCGCCGGCGGCAUGAUGGCGAUCGAAAUAGUCGACAAUUACACGACGACGGCGGGUUGAGGAAUUCCGUAGCUAAUGAUCACGCUAUCCCAGGGUCUACUACUGGCCUAGGGACGGCUGUCCUAGGCAGUGUAUACGACGACUACAAUCAGUCUCAAAGAGCUGAGCGCCAUCGCUUGCACGAUCACGAUCAUGGAGCACGUCAUAGUCGAGCACAAAGGUCGUCCAGGCGCCGAGUCGACGGCGAUUCGGAUGCAUACACGUCAGACGAGGACACGAGGAAGUAUAGACGUGAGGUGUUGCCCCACCAGAGACGUAGUGGAUCUCAUGGUUCUACAAGCAGUAGCGACCGCCCAUCUCAACACCUCACAGUUGAGCAACCUCGACGACACCGAUUUCACUCGCGACAUCGUACACGAGAUAGUCCUAACACGAAGGAAGCGGACCAUCCCGAACCAGCUAGUCGUGGGGAUGACAAAAAGGCAGAAUCUACAGCUUCUGAUACUCCACCCAGAGGGAUUUUAAAGACCCCUACAGACAAAUUCCCAGAGGAACCUAACCCUGUACGAGAAGGAGUGGCACCUCUGAAGGACGCGCACAAGAAAGGAAUCCCUCCUGGAGCGAGAUGGACUAAAAUUGACCGCCGACUGGUCAACCCUGCGGCUCUGGAAGCUGGCCGUGAGCGCUUUGAGGAACGGUCGGACUACGUGAUAGUUCUGCGGGUACUAUCUAAAGAGGAAAUUCAAGCGUAUGCAGUCAAAACUCAAGAGAUACGAGGUAUGGUUGGCCCGAACGUUCCUAGCGUUUUGAGUUUCCGAUACUGACUGUUUGUAGAUGCUCGUCACCACGAAUAUAUCCAGGAGCGACGUCGGCGGCGAGAGGAAGACCGCAGACGUGGCCGUGCGGUAGAGGACUUCUCGAGCGACGAUGAGGAGGACGAUGAUGAUCAUCCUCUGACGAUCGAAGACAAGCCAGCAGCAGACUUGCACCGAACGGCAGAGCCUGUAAAUUCAGCAGCAUGACAAACAAUCUGUUAUGAUUUGGCACAUUGUUCCUUGCUUUUCUCCCUCCUUCCCUGUUUAACAUUUCCGAUUGUUCUGAUUUCCACUGAACUGUA